AUGAGCUAUGCAAUCCAACGCUUACUUCGAGUGCGCAAUAACCCAUCCCUGCGUUCUCAGAGCAAAUCUGGAGAAGGCUCUCUUACUUCUGAUCCUACGUUUCUCCCUUAUGUUCAUUCUGCUCUCAAUAUUGCGUUGUUCCCGCCUCUCUUCUUUUUCUCUGCGUUGUAUUACACUGAUGUAAUGUCGACUUUGACUGUAUUGUUUUCUUAUGCCGCGUAUCUGGAAAGUUCCAGGUCAAACUGGAGUCUCCUGAGAAACUUGGGGUUUGUUCUUCUUGGUAUCGUUGCACUUUUCUUUCGACAGACAAACAUCUUCUGGGUAGCUGUUUUCCCGGCCGGACUUGCGGUGGUAGAUGUAUUGAAGAAAGAUGCACCACCAGCUACUUCAAACAGUCAUGAUAUAACGUCAGUGCUGCAAGACAGCUGGUCUGAAGGGAAGGUUGUCGAUUGUCCGGUGCAAGAUGCUGGUCCUCAAGACGUUGCCAUGUUUGUAAUUUCGGUAGUGGUUGCAGCAAUCAGGAAGCCUCUGAUAGUGCUCAAGGUUAUUGUACCAUACGUAAUACUCCUCGUUCUCUUCGCUGGUUUCGUUUUCUGGAACGGGAGUGUUGUUCUUGGCGACAAAUCGGCACAUACAGCUACCAUUCAUCUUCCACAAAUGCUGUACAUCUGGCCAUACUUUGCAUUCUUCUCGGCUCCGCUCCUACUAGGACCGCUCCUUAGACCCGUUGUGCCGUUGAUGCCAGAACGGUACCAAAAGAUCUUUGACGAGCAUCUCAACGUCUCGACCUAUGGAUUUCCGUCUCUUCUCGUAUUUUUGCUCGCAAUUUCCUGCGACUUUCUCGUCGUUCACUUCAACACCAUUAUCCACCCGUAUACCUUGGCCGACAACCGACACUACGUCUUCUACGUUUUCAAGAUGAUCCGACUAUAUCCAGCACUGAAGUAUCUGGCAGUCCCAGUAUACUGCAUAUGUGGGUGGUUAGUCAUCCAGACUCUUGCUUCACCACUGGUGAAUGCACCACCAAAGACCAAGGACAUAUCGAAGGACACGGUCAAUCACCACUCCUGCCAGAUCAGCUUCGUACUCAUAUGGCUAAUUACCACUACUCUCUCCGUUAUCACAGCCCCACUAGUGGAGCCCCGUUACUUCAUCAUUCCCUGGAUAAUGUGGCGGUCGCAUGUCCCAUGCAAUACGGCUUCACUUCCGACAGGUCAAUCGAGCCGCAAAACAAUGUUUGAUGUGCGAAUGGUCUUGGAAACGGUCUGGCUGCUCGCGAUCAAUGUGCUUGUGGCAUACACUUUUCUGUAUCGAACGUUUACAUGGCCUAACGAGCCUGGUAAUCUACAACGCUUCAUUUGGUAG